AUGGAAACAGAGGCUGUGAUGCUGGUUGUGGAUACAAGUGGGGUUGCGAAAUCAAGCCUUAUCAAUGUUCUGAGGAGUAAUCAUCCUUCUUCUGAUGCCCUUGAAAAAGAUAACUGGUUUGAAAAUCGGAGGGUUGGGAAGGUUUCAACUAGGGGUAGAGGAAAGCAUACCACUCGACAUGUUUCUUUGCUUUCACUAUCAGGAGCGAGUUAUCUUGCUGAUACAGCUAGGUUUAACCGACCUAAUUUGUUGAAAGUGACAAGGCAAUCUCUUGCACAAGCUUUUCCUAAUGUUGUCGACUUGUCGGCUAUAAUAUUAUACACAAUUUGUUGCAUUUCACUCUCUGUGUACUCUGCAUCAAUUUCUAAUAUGCAUUUGGCUCCAGCUAAAAGACAGCGACCUAUGAAAUGCUCAUUCAACAAUUGCCUACAUAUCGGUGAACCAGGGUGCAUUGUGAAAGGGAAUUGGGAAAGAAAUUCUUACCAUUUCCAAUUUCUGGGAGAUCAGAAUCAGAGAGGAAUUUCAAUUGAGGACAUUUGGGACCAAAAGAGAGUGAUGUACACGGUGGGAGAUAUGGGCGUCCAGCGAGCUGAACCUCAACUGGAACCAAAGAAACAUGGGAGGCAAUCACGCAAAAAGAUUAACCGGUCAAUAGUAGAUGAACUUAAUGAUGACGAUAACCUACACUUAGAAAUUGACCCAAUUCCAGCUAAACAGAGGCUUUCCGGCAUUGGAUAG